AUACUGCAGCUGCUGGCAACACUUUAUCAUCUUUGUAUCAGUUUCUUCUCCUUCAAUUUUUUUUUUCCUGAAUUUUCUCUUCCUUUCAAUAUUUCUUCCUUAAAACUCAAUUCUGCUUUCAUAAUCUCAUCUAAAUUCUUGGUGUGGAAUUAGAACUGAAAAAGGCCAACUUCCACUAUAAUAUCCUUUGCCAUUAUUUAAUCCCAAUUUCCUCUUUAUAUGCGUCGUCUGAUACCAGCGUCUUGCAUUACCUGUAAAUUCUUAAUUGCAUAGCCUUUAUAAUCCACCUACCCAGAUUCUCAAUUAAUCAAUUCAUUCUUCCUUUUCAGUCUUUCUCCAAUGGAAGAAGCUCAAAUGAAAAUAUCUCACUUAUUUACCUGCCCAAUUAGUCUGGAUUUGUUCACAGAUCCAGUCACGCUAUGUACUGGCCACACCUACGACAGACCAAGCAUCGAAAAAUGGCUGGCGGCUGGCAAUCUCACCUGCCCCAUCACAAUGCAAAAGCUCCACGAUCCGUCUUUGGUUCCCAAUCACACUCUCCGCCAUUUGAUUGAACAAUGGCGUCAAAUGUGUCACAGACUUGAUCCUGAUUACUUUUCAACCCUCGAUCCUUUGGCGACACUCAAACAUAGCCUUGAAUCCCAUAAAGUUUCUUUUGAGGAAAAACGUCGAACACUAGAGGGAAUUCAAGUUAUAGCAGAAGAAUCGCCCUCUACGGGCUCUCUUUUGCUCCAAUUAGGUUUCUUACCGUUAUUGUUGCGACUUAUCUUCGAGAAAGUAGAACUGGAGGCGUUCAACGAGUAUGAGAAGUUCGCCAAGGAAGCCCUCCUUUGGGUUUUGAGAUUGUCGUCGCUUGGUGAGUUGGGAUCUCUAAAUAUGCUUCGAGGAGGUUCCACAUUUGAAUCCUUUCUUCUCCUGUUCGAGCGUGGGUGUAGCGAGAUCAAAACAAGCUUAUGCCAUCUGGUGGAGGCAGUAUCAUCUUCCUCAGAGACUAAAGCUCUCUGUACAAUGAUUGGAAACAACCCCAGGUUCUUGCAUGGAAUCCUGCUCCUCCUUCACCAGAAUGCCGAUUCAUCCGAGGCCGGGGUUAGAGCAAUUUCAGCAUUACGUUCGUCGGAGUCAAAUAGAGAGAAUCUGGUUCAAGCGGGUAUAAUAAACGGACUCGUAAUAUACAUUCUGAAUUCCGACGGACGGGAAAGAAGCUUGGCAGGAACAUCAAUGACGAUAAUUGAGCAACUUCUGGAACUUGAGACUGGAAAAGAAGCAGUGAUUAACAGUGCAAACCAUGUGAAAGCACUUGUGAAAAUGGUAUUCAGGGUAUCGGAUCACGAAGGAAGCGAGAGCGCGGUGAAUUCAUUGAUGAUCAUCUGUCAAGAAUCAUUGCAGGCUAGGGAAAAAGCCAUAGCUGCUGGGGUUUUGACUCAGUUGCUGCUUCUGCUACAGAGCCAGUGCAGUGGGAGGACGAAGACAAAAGCUAGAAUGCUGCUGAAGUUGCUUAGAUCUAAGUGGGAUGAAGAUCAAAAGUUUAUGUAAAAAACUAGCAAAAGAAAAAUAUGGGUGUACCGUGUAUCUUGUUUUGACUUAAUUUGAUUUUUCAGUUUCAGCACUAGUUUUCUUUAUAGGUACUAAAAAAGACACAUGAAUUGAUGUGAUAUCAUGUGUUAGCAUUACUUUACAUGAAAUGUUCAGGGUCUUCCCAUGGCAGAUUUGAUCAGUCGGGAGAGCGAAGUUGUUUCUGGCUCAUUGAACGAAUGUGACAUGAAUUAAUUGAUCAUCCUCAG